AUGUCAACUUCGGCGUCCAUAGCUUUUCGUCUCCUUUGGCUAUCGAGCUUGUGCGCUGUGUUGGUAUCGCCGGAUAACUCCUUCCUCCCGUUACGUCAAGCUACGGAUGGUCCACACUUCACUGUAGCGUCGGACGACUGGAGCUGUUUUCCCGAACAAGCUCCAGUCAUUGACACGACGGAUGCUUUCUACCGCUGGGUCGCGGCCUUGAAGACGACGGCCCCACGGUUCGAGGGCCAUCACGACUAUUUGUGCGACGGCAGUAUGAAAAAUUACCAAGCAUGGGAGAAUUGCUUACCGAUCACGACGAGGUUUGACGAGGAAGAGUGCGCAGGUGCUGAUAGGACAGACCUGUUGAUGCAGACGCGAACGCCGUGCCAAGCCAGUGUGCUGCAUAUGCUGCUAGUAGACGUGUACGCGGAGUUGGAGCGGGCUGGAGGUGAUCCCGCACUUGUAUUCGGGACACUACUAGGAGCAGUUAGGGACGGAGGGAUCAUCCCUUAUACUGAAGAUGUGGACGUAGGAUAUCAGCUACAGAAUGACCCGAUGCCUGUCGUGAUAAGGAGACUGCAAGCUAAGGGGUAUCAUGUUUUCAUGGAUAGUAUCUGGAGGGUUUGUGUAGCCCCGACGCAUCCGUUAGCUGCGAGAUUGUAUGACCCAGCACUGACAGCUCCAAUUGAGUCCUGCACGGGGCCAUAUCUUGAUCUCUAUCGAAUGGAACCAGACCCAGAAGUGGUAGAUCACUGGACCAUCGAACACACAAAAAGAAGAACCGAUAGUAUCCCAGUUGAGAAGAUUUUGCCGUAUUCGAAGUGGAGGAGUAUGGAUCCUCAUACUUGA